UGCCCAACCCCACCAUCCCACAUAUAACUAACUACCCCGCCAACUCCCUUGCGACCUUGGGCCAAUCCUUCCUUUCACAUCUCUGACAGACAGUCCCGUUGCGUCUCCCCUGCCUAGGCUGUAACGCGAAACCUUUAUCGCAGCCCACUCUUUAACAAGGCAGUAGCGACAACAUCUCCCAGCGGGCCCUAUACAAAUCUCACAAUGUCCGACACUCCUGCUCAACCGGAGAGCGCAGCUCCCUCUCUGGAGGAUCGCAUCUCUAAGGACGAUGCUCCCCCGACCGGCGAUGUCGAACAAGCGCAAACCGAUGGCACCACCGAGCAGUUGGGCGGCAGCGGUCUCCAGGAGCCGGAGUAUGAUGUCGAAGUGAAGCUUGCCGACCUGCAGGCCAACCCGAACAACCCUCUCUACUCCAUCAAGACGUUCGAACAGCUCAACCUGAACCCGGACAUCCUCAACGGCCUUUAUGAUAUGAGAUUCUCGAAGCCGUCCAAGAUUCAAGAGAAGGCGCUUCCUCUGCUUCUCAUGGACCCUCCUACGAACCUCAUCGGCCAGUCUCAGUCUGGUACUGGAAAGACAGCGGCCUUCACGCUCAACGUUUUGAGCCGCAUCGACCUCAAUACGCUGCAGCCGCAGGCUCUGGUCCUGGCCCCUAGUCGUGAGCUGGCCCGUCAAAUCCAGGGAGUCGUGCAAACAAUGGGCAAGAAGUUGCAGAACCUCGUUGUCACCGCUGCCAUCCCGGAUCCUACUCGCCGUAACCAAAAGUUUGAAGGACAGGUUAUUGUCGGGACUCCGGGUACAGUCAUGGACAUGAUCAGAAAGAGGUUGCUGGAUCCCAGGGGUAUCAAGGUCAUCGUUCUUGACGAGGCAGACAACAUGUUGGACCAGCAAGGGCUGGGUGACCAAUGUAAGAGGGUUAAGGCCUUGCUGCCAAAGGAUUGUCAGGUCGUUCUGUUCUCUGCCACUUUCCCCGACGAAGUCAUUCGCUAUGCCAAAAUCUUUGCUCCCAAUGCCAACCAGAUCACUCUCAAGCACGAGGAACUUACGGUGGAGGGUAUCAAACAGUUCUACCUCGAUUGCGAGGGAGAAGAGGACAAGUACAAGGUCCUUCUUCAGUUCUACGGCCUGAUGACGAUCGCCUCAUCUAUUAUCUUCGUUAAACGGAGAGACACUGCUGCCCAGCUCGAAGCGCGCAUGACAGCUGAGGGCCAUAAAGUUGCUCAGCUGAGCGGAGCCCUUGACGGACCUGCGCGUGACAGCAUCAUCGAUAAGUUCCGUAGCGGAGAAGCCAAGGUGCUUAUCACGACCAACGUCUUGGCUCGUGGUAUUGAUGUGCAGUCCGUGACUAUGGUCAUUAACUAUGAUGUUCCCGAGCUUGCCAAUGGCGGCCCCGAUCCUGAAACCUAUCUGCACCGUAUCGGUCGUACUGGACGUUUCGGCCGUGUUGGUGUCGCGAUCAGCUUCAUUCACGACAAGAGGAGCUGGCAGAACCUGGCCGAGAUUGCCAGCUACUUCAACACGGAACUUCUUCCCUUGAGUACAAAGGACUGGGACUCUGUCGAGGACAUCAUCAAGAAAGUUAUCAAGAGCUCGCGCGCAGGCAAGUCGACGGCUGAGAUGACUGCUGCGUAAUUGGCACCAAUGCUAUGCACUGAAAAGGCAGCGACUUCUUGCUAGCGAAAAGACCAACAGGGCUCCAUGAUUAACCUGUACCACGCCGUGGUUAUGAGAAGGAAAGAAAUUCUGUAAGGGACGAUAUCAUGGAUUGGCGUUUUGCUAGCGAUAUUGGCGAGGUUUUUUCCAUGAAGGAUUGAACAGCAAAAAAUGAUUUAUGAAGAUCUGGGGGGCAGCGGUUAGAUUGAUUGUGCCUCGAGAAAGGCGAGCAUGGGAGUGAAGGAAUUCAAAUUCUACAUGGUAUGGUCUGCAUGAGACCCUGCUCUG